AACGGUCGAACUGCGGUCACACUGUUCACAUCGUCACGCACGCAUCGUCGUCCAUUUUUGCCAAGAACCGAGACGAAAAUUUGUAAUUUAAAGCAAGCGAGUCGGAGACGGCAAAUACCUAUUGACAGUGCAUUUCAGUGGCCUUUGGAAUACUGCUCAAACAACCAGCAAUCAAUAGCAAUAUUAAUUUCUACCUAAAAAUAUAUAGGUAACCACAAAUAGAAGUUGAAAAUUAAAUGUGCGUGCGUAUGUGCCAGCGGAGUAGUAGCACAAUAAAAAAGUAAAUAAAGCGCGUGUGAAGUGGUGCAGAAAGCGAAAAGAGAGUCGGAAAAACCAAAAAUCCAAUUAACUCGACGCUUGAUCAUCCAUCCAUCUGCAGCAUCCAUCAUCCGGAGUCGAGGCAAUAAACAGCAUUUAGGCAUCUAUCUAUCCAUCUGAAGAAACCGGAGAAGAAGAAACUCAAUCAUAGCGAUGGCCUGUGCAACCCUGAAACGCGCUUUAGACUGGGAGUCGAUGAACCAGCGUCCUCCAAAGCGCCGGCGAUGCAAUCCGUUUGGCCAGGCCGGUAACAGUGCAGGCCCAUCUUCCCCGUCCCGCGACGGUCCUAGCACCUCGGCGGGCCUGCCUCAUACGCCCAGCAACCGAUUCGCCAAGGAUAGCACCGAACCCAGUCCGUUCAGCGAGGCGUCGCUGGCCAAGAUAUCGCCAGACAAAAUGGCCGAGAGCUUGUGCAACGAGAUAAAGAGACUGCACAAGCGCAAGCAGCUGCCGAUCACCUCGUCGGCCUUGGAGCGCAUGCAGGAUUCGGAGUCGAGCGGAUCAGAGAUGGGACCGGAGAGCCCGCGCCGCCCGGAUAGCCCCCCAAAUCUGAUGCGCCACGGCGAGAAGGCCCUGUUUACGUUCAAGCAGGUGCAGCUCAUCUGCGAGAGCAUGAUUAAGGAGCGGGAAAAUCAGCUGAGGGAGCGAUACGAGUCCGUGCUGACCACCAAGCUGGCCGAACAAUACGAUGCCUUCGUCAAGUUCACUUAUGAUCAGAUACAACGUCGCUACGAGGCAGCGCCUAGCUACCUGUCGUAAGGCCGUGUCGCUCAAGCCUCAUAAAAAAGAAAUUAAUAAUUGCACUACGAUCUUAUGUGACGGUAGAUCUACCGCGACAACAACAGCCCUCAUUUAAACUAAAAACAAACAAAUAAGGAAACUAAAGCAAAUGCAAAACAAACCAACAAAAAACCUAUAAAAAAAAAAAAACAAAAAAAAAAAACUACAACAUACAUCGUGUUUAAUAUAUUUUGAAAUACACGUGAAGAAAGCAGUUAUAGUUUAUGUCUAGAUUUACAUAUAUAAUGUAUCGGUUAGCAGCAAAGGGAUGAAUUAUUUAAAAGCAGAAACAACAAAGAAACAAAAAACAAACAAAUCUUGUUAAAUUUAUGUUUUUCACAUAACAAAAAUUCUAAAUAAAAUGACAAAUAUCUGAUAUGAAGAACUAUAAGCACACAGCCACUGCAGACAUAUAUGGUGCAUCCGUAGAGAGAAAACGAUUCAAUGAAACCUCAAACGUAGCUUCGUACAUAACAGACCGACAGAAUUGGUAAAUAUAAUGUUAGGUACAUGUAGCAUAUAAGAUAUGAUGUAAAACGUAUCAAACUAUAUAUUGUUUUUUGAGAUAGUAAUUUAUGAGCAGAAGGCCCCGAGCAAAAAAGGAGCAAGCGAACAUUAAUUCAACAAAGAAAACUCAUACUACUCAUGAAGAACACUUUUCAUAGUUUAUUUUUCAUAUUAGUUAUACACCAACGCAAGGAACGAACGCUUGACUUUGUCUAUUUUCUCGAGUAUCGUUUGUUAAUUGUUUCUUCCUUUGAUGCGAAUUAUUGCAAAGUAAUGUAAACACAUACAAAACAACUGAAUUGUUUCGAUUUGCUUUACAACAUGUGGAAAUGAAUACUGAUACAAAAAUAAAAAAAAAGAAAACAAACAAAAAAAAAA